AUGGAUGUCAAAAGUGUCUUUCUCAACGGGUACUUAAAUGAAGAAGUCUAUGUUGAGCAACCUAAAGGUUUUGUUGAUGUUGAUCACCCUGAUUAUGGAUAUGUGAGAGGGGAAAAUGACAAAACGAUAUUUUUGAAGAAAGAACAAAUGAACCUUGUGACUGAAUUUAAAAUGAGCUUGGUGGGUGAGCUGACAUACUUCUUAGGUCUCCAGAUUAAGCAGCUUAAAGAUGGAAUUUUCAUCUCUCAAAGCAAAUAUAUAAAGGAUUUUGUAAAACGGUUUGGGCUUGAAAAUGCUCAUACAAAGAGAAUCUCUGCUCCCAUUCAUAUUAAAUUAACUAAAAGCCUUGAUGGGUCAUGUGUUGAUAAGAGCCUGUAUCGAAGUAUUAUUGGGAGUUUACUUUACCUCACUACCAGCAGGCCUGACAUUUCUUUUGUCGUUGGGAUCUGUGCCGGAUAUCAAGCAGAACCUAAAGCUAGUCAUUUGUUGAGUGCCAAGCGAAUCAUUAAAUACAUUAACAGUACAUGUGAGUAUGACCUUUUAUAUUCUUUUGAUACUAAUAGCUCUUUUAUAGGAUAUUGUGAUGCAAAUGGGGUUGGUAGCUUUAAAGAUCGUAAAAGCUCCUUUGGUGGAUGUUUCUUUUUUAAAAAUAAUCUUGUGUCUUGGUUCAGCAAAAAGCAAAAUUGUGUCUCUCUUUCCACGGCUGAAGCUGAAUAUGUUGCUGCUGGUAGUAGUUGCACUCAACUCCUCUAG